CCGGCGCAAGAUGGCUGCUGCCAUGCGAUGCGUCUUCGUGAGCUUUCGGCUGGUUAAAAAUUCUGGAUCUCAGAGUGUCUUUUGCCAAAGGUUAUGCAGUCAGGCUCCAGUCUCCGUGGCAGGCGAAGUGCCUCUUCCAGCAGCUGAUGGCGCAGUGUCAGCUGCCCCACCAAGACCGCCACUGCCACUUGUAAUAAAGAGGGACCUCGCCUACCCUUCCAAGUUCACACCAAACAGGGAGGCAUGGGUUGAGAACUUGGACACCGUCGAAUCGGAGAAGCUAGGACUCGUGCCACUUCACCCAAAAGUCUUUGGCGUGUUUCCCAGGAUUGACACGCUGCACUGGAACAUAAACUGGCAGAGCAACUACCAGAAAGUGGACUGGACGACAACGGAGUCGCGUGCCGAGCGGAGAGGUGGAGGCCGCAAGCCAUGGCCACAAAAGGGCACUGGCCGAGCACGUCAUGGCAGCAUCCGGUCGCCCCUCUGGAAAGGAGGUGGCGUAGCUCAUGGGCCCCGUGGACCAAGGACGUACUACUACAUGCUGCCCUUCUUUCGGCGGGUCCAGGGUCUCACAACUGCACUCUCUGUCAAGCUCGCACAGGAUGACCUGAAGAUAGUGGACAGCCUGGAUCUUCCCACUAAUGACUCGAAGUAUCUGCUGAAGCUGGUGGACGAAAGGUUCUGGGGACCUUCGGUGCUGUUUGUGGACAACACAGAUUAUGUCCCAGAAAACAUAGCCCUGAUCUGCGACGAAGUGAAGCACUUCAACAUAAUGCCCGUUUAUGGACUCAACGUACACAGCAUGUUGAAGCACGACACGCUCGUUCUGACUCUCUCUGCUGUCGAGGAAAUCGAGAACAAGCUCCUCUACCAGCUUCACAGAAUUGACGGCAAAGAGGUCGCACAGCGAGACUACAGAAGGCCCUACCUGUAAAUCGUCCCCAUCCGCUAACAGUUUUCAUUACAAGCCGCUGAGCAAACGAACCCAGACAUUCGUAUGAAUAAACGCACGUGUUUCACACUUUUG